AUGGCUAUUAGUCAAUAUAUUGUUAACAAUGACACUUACUUAGCAACUGUUGGGUUGCUUUUAACCACUCCCGAGAAUAAGACCAUCAUUAAUCUACAUUAUAAAUGCUUACUCGAGCUUUGUGCUGAUGAUACUAAGGCACUACAACGAGAAGUUGUGUACUUGCAGAGACUUCUCAGUUGUACAAAUAAUCGUAUUAACAAAUCGUCAUCAUUGUGGUUACUGUAUAAGAAGCUCUACAUCCAAUUCAAUAAAACCAUUACUUUCAAUGUGAAUACAACGCUAAUCAAAUCUGCAGAGAAUCACUUUUCUAAUUAUUACGCAUGGAAUUUUGCAAGAUGGUACUAUAUUAAUACCACGAUAGAAGAACGAUCAAGCCUACUAACCAGGACAAGGUAUUUUUGUAAUACCCAUUUCAAGGACUCUGCAGCUUGGUCUGCGUUUAUGUUUAUGUUAUUACCAAUUGAUGAUUCACAUGAAAAAUUCCUAGCUGAAAACUGCUUAACUGAUAGUCUAGAUCAUAAGAGUCAGCCGCUGGAGCAAGAAUUUGUGGAGAAGGAGGUCAGGAGUGUCAUCAACCGUAUAGAUAUAUUGCAAUGCCCUGAAUGGUCCCCCUUUGCACUAGUGUUGGCAGCAACAAAGCAUAUGCGCGGCUGUCCUCUACAUGACAUAUUUGUGAAAUGGAAACAGGAAAUUAAUCAGUAUGAGGCUCAGAACGAUACAAUAAAGUUCUUUCAUAGGCAACCCAUGUUCGACAAGAAUGAUACAAACAUACUUAGUAGACAAUUGUUCAUGCAUAUAGCUUACAAAAAGACUUUGCUAGAUAAACUCCUUAUGUUUAACGAGGUGGUCAUAUGA